AUGCCUGAAGCUAAGGAAGGAGAAGAUCGUGUCUACAUGAAAAUCACUGGCAUGAUGGUCCAGAUAUUGAUUGACAUGGCCCCAGAGUAUCGCGAAUACGUUGUACUAGAGAACGGAAAGCGAGUAAUCUAUGUGCGGGUACUGCGUGCUAUAUAUGGGAUAUUGCAAUCAAGCCUCCUAUUCUAUAAUCAGUUUCGAAGUGAUUUGGAGGCAAAGGGAUUUGUUUUCAAUCCGUAUGACCCGUGUGUUGAUAACAAAGUUGUUAAUGAAAAACAGCAAACUAUCAGAUUUCAUGUUGACAAUCUUCUGUCAAGUCACAUGGAUCCAAAAGUGAAUGAUGAAUUUGCUGAGUGGUUGAACAUGAGAUAUGGUUCGAUCCAGCCAUGUAAAAUCGUCAUAGGAAAGAUACACAGAUAUCUUGGAAUGACUUUGGAUUUCUCGGUGAAAGGAGCACUCAAAAUCCGCAUGGACGACUAUGUCAAGAAGAUGUUGGAAGAUUUUCCUAUCAAGUUCAACAAGGAUUCAAAGCAGGAAACACCAGCUGGUAACGAUUUACUGGAAGCUGGGAAAGGAAAGUUACUCAAUGCUGAGUACCGUCAAAUCUUUCAUACUACUGUUGCAAGGGGACUUUAUGUCUCUAAGAGAGCUCGUUUCUUCAACGAUUACUAUUCUUGCCUCGAGAGUUUGAGAACCUACAGAGUCUGA